AUGCGAUUCAUCACUGAUUCUCGUGGCCUCGGCAACCCAGACUCGGAACCAGUCCCUCUCCAAGUUAUCGGUGCAGGUCUCCCUAGAGCUGCUACUUCAUCAAUGCAAGCGGCAUUUGAGAAACUAGGCUUUGGACCAUGUAUGCACAUGGCAGAGAUUCUUCCACAUGCAUCACGACUGCAACUCUUCAUUGAUACACUACACGAAAAGGACGGUGCGAAACGGAAGAAGAUGAUUCGGCAACUCAUCCACGGCCAUCGGUCCAUCUGCGACCUUCCUGUUUUCUACUUUACUCCUGACUUGAUGGACGAGUAUCCUGACGCCAAGGUUGUCAUCAACAUGAGACCUGACGGCAAAGUCUGGGCCAAGAGUGCCGAAGAAAGCUUCUGGUUCUUCUUCAGCCCGUGGUUCAAGUGGGUUGGUAUGCUCUGGACUAAUGAUCGCUUGUGGUACAAGCUCAAUAUGGUGACGAUGGCAAAGUGCAAGGAGGACUACGGCACGGCAGAUAUCUUCAGCGCCGAGUGUUAUGAUACGUAUUAUCGACAGUUGCUUAUUGAAGCAAAGAAGCGAAACCGAGAAGUUCUCAUUUUCAAGGCUGAGGACGGCUGGGAACCUCUGUGCAAGUUCUUGGGUAAAGAGGUUCCGAAUGAGCCCUUUCCACGUUUGAAUGAGAAGAAGACCUUUCAAAUCGUCAAGAGGAUAUUCAUCGCCAAGGGACUGUUGUCUUGGGCGGCUCUGUUUGGUGCGACUUGGGGCGUAUGGAAGGUUGCUUAUCAUUACCUGUGA